ACAAAAAUUCAAGAAAUCUUGAAAUAAGCAUGGCCACCAAUUUAAAAAUGUUCUCAAUUUUCCUAUUCAUCUUUAUGACAUUUCUAUGCACAAAAGUCUUGGCACAAUGUGAAGAUGAAACCAACAACCCUUGUAAUAACAAAUCCAAAGCUUUACCCUUAAAGAUCAUUGGUAUAGCGGCUAUCCUAAUAACAAGCAUCAUCGGGGUAUGCCUACCUCUAAUCACUCGUUCCAUCCCCGCCCUUAGCCCAGACCGUAGUCUUUUUGUGAUUGUCAAAGCUUUUGCUUCAGGCAUCAUUUUGGCUACUGGAUUUAUGCAUGUGUUGCCUGAUUCUUUUGACAUGUUGAGAUCGAGUUGCUUGGCUGAUAACCCGUGGCAUAAGUUUCCAUUCACGGGUUUUGUUGCUAUGCUAUCAGCUAUUUUCACACUCAUGGUGGACUCGAUGGCUACAAGCAUGUAUACAUCGAAGAACAACGCUAUAGCGGCUGAAGGGGGUGAAGUUGUUACUAGAGACCAGGAGAUGGCGGCUGCAAGUGGUGGUGCAAUGCAUUUUCAUGGACACAAUCAUGGCCUCCAAAAGGGAGCAAUAGGACAACAACUUCUUCGUUAUCGUGUCGUAGCCAUGGUUCUAGAACUUGGAAUAGUAGUUCACUCAAUAGUAAUUGGACUUGGAGUUGGGGCUUCAAAUGAUGUAUGCACAAUAAAGCCUUUGGUGGCGGCUCUUUGUUUCCAUCAAAUGUUUGAAGGCAUGGGUCUUGGUGGUUGCAUUCUUCAGGCUGAAUAUAAGACACUAAAGAAAGCAGCCAUGGUGUUCUUCUUUUCGAUAACGACUCCUUUUGGGAUUGCUCUUGGGAUCGCAUUGUCUAAAACAUACAAGGAGAACAGCCCGAGUUCGUUAAUCACAGUUGGACUACUCAACGCGUCAUCAGCUGGACUUCUUAUCUACAUGGCGUUGGUCGAUCUUCUUGCGGCGGAUUUCAUGGGUUCAAAGCUUCAAGGAAGCAUUAAGCUACAAAUUAAAUCUUACAUAGCAGUCUUGCUUGGUGCUGGUGGGAUGUCUUUGAUGGCAAAAUGGGCUUAAAACCUUAUCUUGCAUCAUCUCAUCGGUUCAAGAUAUAUGAAAUUGUGUCACUUUAAUUGAUGUAAAAUUUCAAUCAUUGUGAAUCUAUAAAAAGAAUAAUUUUGCUUGUUUAA